UGCUUUUGUAAAAAGAUCUUUAUUUCAGAUCGAUCGGUAAUCUUUCGCAGAUCUAGUUAUGUGUUUGGAUCCGGAAUCGUUCUAGGCUAAAAUUCUAACAACAAUGCUAAAAGCCUGUGUUUGUUCUGUUGUAGCAACAUGGUUGUGCGGACAUUCAAAGAAGAGUUUGUAAUAGCAUUGACUGACCAAUGCACGAUGCAAAUUCGGUUUUUGCUUGGAGCUCUCACCUGUCUUCGCAAAUGAGAUUCAUGGUUUUCGUCCUCCUUUUGCUACUUAUGUCUAGGGGCAGAUGUUUUCCGCAGUCCAAUGUCUUGUUUCUGCAGAGACUUUAUCGAAGAUUGUUCAGAUAUCUUUCUCUCGUGAGGAGCAUAGACUGGCACAAAAUGAGGUCCAUCAUACAUGCCACUUCCAUCAUUGGCUGCAGCAUUUCUCUGCUGUUCUGUCUUCUUGCUGUGCUGGUUCUCGGCUGCUAUAGGGAGAAGACACGAUUGUUACUUAUAAAACAACAACAGUCCAUUACCCUUGUUUUCAUCAACAUUGUUAUGCUGACUGGCUUUCAAGGCCUUACGAGUCAGGAGCUGUGCCAAGCUGCAACAACGCUGUUGCAUUACUUUGUACUGGCUUGUUUCUCAUGGCUUACUGCAGACCAAUACUUUAUUUUUAAAUCUGUUGUAAAAAUGAAGCCUUAUGUCAACUUCAUGAAGCUCUUCGUGGCAGCGUGGGGAUUCCCAGUACCAUUUGUUAUUGUACAGCUGCUGAUUGGGUUUCUUCUUGAUCAAGAUAUUGGGUCUGUUCUCUACAGUUGCUGGGGCUCUGACUUUGUUGCUUUGACACUCUUGAUACCCGCUGGAGGUCUGUCAGUGGCGUCUAUGACAAUGCUGUCAAUAACAGUCAAAUCAGUUAUCAAAAGACCGGCUCCGACGACCUACACUCGACGGAAAACAGACCAGGCAAUCAAGUAUGGUAUCAAAACAAGCAGUGUGAUGAUUUUCAUCACAAGUAUUGUUUGGGUGUUCGCGCAUCUGCUUUUCUGGUACCCUGACCAUCUCGACUUCCAGCUGAUCUUUGCCCUCAGCAGUGGACUACAGGGUCUCUUCAACUUCUUCUUUAACUGUGUUUUUGCUCUUGAGCUUGAUAUAUACGUCAGCGACAAAUUGUUCAGUGAAACAGAUGACGUUGAUGAGUUCACACGAAACACAGGAUCUGUCAAACUUUCCUCUAUCAAUCGACAGGAUAUUCAAAAUAUGGAAUCCUUAAGAAGGCCGCAAAAGAGGAAAAGGAACGGGCCUUUUUUCAAAGAAGAUCACGACCUCCCACCAAUGAUUGAAGAAGAACCUCUGAGCUUCCAUAAAGGCAAAACAACACCAACCAUAUCGAGAAGACUCAGCGAUCCACUACCUUGGUUUCCAGCUGCAACAAGCAGCACCAAUCAAGUUUUAUUUGGUGGAAAAUUGUCAGCUGGCAAAUCAAGAAAAGAGAGAAUUGAUUCUCAGUGCAAUGGAGGUGGGGACGAAGAAGAAGGAUCUGGAGGUAUUCUUGAUGACGACGCAUCUAAUCCUCUGCCAUUUUUGAGGCCAACACAGGCUGCGCAGCGCAUUGAGCGAGCGAAGGAGAACGCCAAGCUGGCAAACUCUCUACUGCUUCCAGCUGAGUCCUUUUCUGCCAACAAAUCUGAGAAGCAACAAGAUGAGCCCCGACGUAGCUGUAGUCUUCCCUCUUGUUCCAUGCCGACGCCAAAAAGAUAUGUUACCGCAACGGACGCACCGGGCUACGGUCACGGUACUGGAAUGUGCUCAGAAUGGCGCCAUGAACGCACAGUUCAGCCGGUUGGUGACGCAUCUAAGUCUUCCGAUAUCGAGGAAAGCUAUUCUCAUGGGCUGUUUGCUAGUGGUCAAAAUGGCAGCUCAAUGAAGAUUAUGGCACCUGGAUUUAAGCUGAACGGACAGUCGAGAGUAUCGGUACCAACUAUGAGGAGCAGUAUGGAGAGGGACCAACACAAGCACAGCCUUCCUACAAAUGAAAUAGAUAGGACAUCAACCAUUGAAGAUGAACUAUUGAAAGAUGACGAGGUGCGGUCACUACAAAGCUUUCCAAAUGGAAACAGUCUUCCGAAAACUGAAUACCCAAAAGACAGAGAGAAGGUUCCAGCAAUGGCAGUGAUGCAAGUCCAGCCAUAUUCUUCUGGGGUAGAAGGCCAACAACAGGAAGAAAUAAGACGCAGUAACAGUGAACCGCAAUGCAUUACACCAGAGGUUCACUCCAAUGGAGCUAAUUCGAUUUCGAAGGAAAAGAGCACUAGCCACGCAUCAUCAAGUCGAGGCUUCACGCAUCGUUCAAGUUCGCAUGAAUUAGAAAAGAGCUGGACUGCGAAGGAGGGCAGAAUUGGUGCGCAAUUGCCUUUAUCGCCUAAAACAAAGCGCAAAGCAAGAACCUCCGUACCAAGUUUGAAGUUCGCUCUAAAUGAGCUUGAAUCGCUCUUUAGCAAUCAAGAUCUUAUUUCGGCAGCUGAUCGACGAGUGAGUGCACAAAGCGAAAAUCAAUCGGUAAAUGCACAGCCAGGAGAUUGAAGCUGAUGCAAAGAUGCAGAAAUGUUAAAGAGACAUGAUACCAUUUUAGCAAAAUAUAAUUAUAAUCAUCAUAGAGAAUAUAAUUAACGCAGUAGAAUGAGGUACGAAAUUUUGAAAGCUGCGGAAAAAAUAAAUAAAUUUGCAGUUUUGCUUAUU